AUGUCACAAAUUCCACCAAUAAUUAUAUUCUGGUUUAUUGAUCAGUACGAAGAAGAAGAAGUUAUCGAGGAAGUGGAAGAGACUGAAGAAGUUUAUGAACCUGAGCCAGAGCCGGAACCCGAACCCGAACCCGAGCCCGAGCCCGAGCCUGAGCCACCAAAACCAGCACCUCCGAAGCGUAUCACUCCUCUCUCACGAUCUCAUCAUGAGGUUUUUGCUAAAAGAAGUAGUAAGAUCUCAGCAUCUCGCAAACUCCACCUGAAGAUCCUUAUGCUUGCUAAAGCCAAGGAAGAUCUGGAAAAAGAAAUAGAGGAACGGAAUGAAGAGAAGGAAAAAUUCCUAGCAGAACGUGUACCUCCUCUCAACCUCAGUGGCCUUUCUAUAACUGACUUGCAAAACUUGUGCAAAGAACUUCAUCAAAGAAUUGAGAUUGUGGAUGAAGAAAGGUACGACAUUGAGUUUAAAGCUGGCAAGAACAGCUAUGAGAUUCAUGAUCUGUCCCUGAAAAUUCUUGAUCUUAGAGGGAAGUUUAAGCGACCUCCUUUGCGUAGGGUCCGUGUUUCAGCUGAUGCUAUGUUGCGUGCUUUGUUGGGAUCCAAGCACAAAGUAUCUAUGGAUCUGAGAGCCAACCUGAAGUCAGUCAAAAAGGAUGAUACAGAAAAGGAACGUAACGUUGAAGUCAGUGACUGGCGUAAGAAUGUGGCAGCCAAGUCAGGCAUGGAGGGCAGAAAGAAGAUGUUUGAUGCUGCCAGUGCCCAGUAAUCCACACGGAAUGUUGCAAGUUUUAUGAAAGCUUAAACCGGUAGCUUUACUUCUAACUCUGCAGUGUUUGGUUUAUCACUUUUCACACAUGUUAAAAUAUUUUGAUUAAUGGUCUUCUUAUUCUCUACCAUCCUAAUGAAUUUCAGGUGCAGUAUUAAACUUCUUGCAUUUUUGGUGAUUAUAAAUAGGAAAUGAUAAACUUUAACAUGAUAUGUUUAAAAUGACUUGCUAUCCUGUAACUAAAAAUGAGCAGUAAAACAAUUCCUUCGAA